GGUUGUAUGCAGACGUACAUCCAUUACAGAGAAAAGUGGUGAUUGCUCUUGUGUGUAAAUGUGUUGGGACUGAUCCCCUCAAAGUCUGUGUGUGUACACAUGUUCCUGCUACAUUAUUCUUUUUCAGUGAUUAUGUGCAGUGAGAUUCUUCACCUGACCAGUGACACUGGAGGAGCAGCAGAUCAUCACAGCCCAGCUCUGUGCACUCUUAGAACAAUAACAGCGUUUCAUUAAAGUGGACAGGAUGGACUCUGUCUCUCAGAACCUGCAGGAUCAGAUCUCAGAGCUGCUGAAGCCUCACAGAGUCUGUGUGGUGACACCUGUUGUUCUGAACUCCAGUCAGCCAUUUGGGAGAUCAACCAACAGGUUUGUGGUGCUGAGUCUGUGGAGAGGUUACCUGAUUACUUACAAACAGCCUCUCAGGGUGGAGAGUACUUUCAGCUACCUGGAGAUUUCCUCUAUCAACAUUCACAGUCACACAGAGUUUGUGCUGGAGAUAGACAGGCAGGCUCUGUCUUUGAGUGUUUUACAAGCUGAGGAUCUAGAGGCCAUAGUCAGUCACAUGACCGCCUCACUGAAGAGGAUCUUCCCUGAUUCCUCUCCACUAAAGCUGUUAAAGGUGGUUCCUCCUGAUCUGCAGCACAAACUCCUUUCACUGACAGGUGUUAUAGAGCAGCAGCUCAGCAGUCAGCCUGGACCCUGUGGAGGGUUUUCUGAUAGCUACGCUGCUUUAUGUGAUUUCAAUGAGAUGCCUUUUAGAGAGGAGAUUCAGUGGGAUGUUGACAAUAUCUACCACACCAAUAACUUGAGACACUUCAACCUGCAGGAUUUCAGCCACUUAGACAGCAGGGACUUGGCAUUAGCAGUUGCAGCUCUGUCUUUCAACCAUUGGUUUACAAAGAUCUACUGCAAAGAACUCAAAUUGACAGUCGAUGUCCAACAACAGCUGACCUUCCUGCUGUCCAGGUCUCCUGGUCUGGAAGAGCUGUCACUGGAGACCUGUGGACUCAAAUUUGACUUUGCAAUCAAAAUGGCCUCUGCCCUACGAGAAAACACCUCCUCUACCCUGCAAUCCAUCAACCUUUCAGGAAAUCCAAUUGAAGACAAAGGUGUUAUAGCUCUGAGUCAGGAGUUGGGGAAUCUUCCUGAAGGGCUGAAGCAGCUUUCUCUGUCACGGGUAUCAAUGACUGCUAGAGGUGUCGGCUAUCUGAGUCAGUUGUUAUCUUCUACUCAGCUGUUCUCAGUGACUCUGACUCACCUGGAUCUAUCUGGUAACCUCAGCAGCCUGGUUACUGAAGAGGCCACGUUUCUCUUCAAGUUCCUGUCUAGCACUAACUCUCUGUCUCAUCUGGACCUCAGCGAUACAUCCUGUCCUCUGGAUACGUUAUUUGUGUCUCUGUCGGCCGGAUGUUGUUACAAACUGAUGCACCUGAAUCUGUCCAGGAAUCCUUUCAGCCACAGAAAGGUGCGAGAGGUGACAAGGAGUAUUCGAGAGUUCUUCAGUCAAAGCUGUGAGCUCAAAUAUGUGAACCUGUCUGCAACCAAACUACCUCCAAAAGCUCUCAGGUUAUUACUGCAGGGUCUGGCUACCAACACUCGUCUCAUUGGGCUGAAGCUGGAUGUCAGUAGCUGUGAGCUUCGUUCAGCAGGGGCCCAGGUGAUACAAGAACAUAUCUCUGAAGCUACAGUGAUCAGAAGUCUGGACAUCUCUGACAACGGUUUUGAGAACGACAUGGUGACUCUGGUUCUUUCUGUUGGCCGAUGUCGCUCUCUUCAACACCUUGCCUUGGGGGGAAACUUUGCCAUGAAAUCCAGAGCUCUCACUGAUGUUCUUCAUCGUAUAGCUCAGCUCAUCCAGGAUGAAGAGUGUCCUCUACAGUCUCUCUCGGUGUGUGACUCUAAGCUAAAGACAGGGAUAAACAUCCUGCUGAGCGCCCUGGGCGGCCAUGCUGCUCUUGCUGAGGUCGACAUCAGUGGGAAUGGCAUCGGCGACACCGGAGCCAAAAUGUUGGCCAAAGCUCUGAUGAAUAACACCAGACUGAGGAGUCUUGCAUGGGACAGAAACAACGUGACUGCCAGAGGCUUCCAGGACGUGGCUGAUUCCUUGGAGAGGAACUUCACUCUGCAGCAGGUGUCUCUCCCGCUGGCUGACAUCACACAGAGUUACCGCAGCAACCCUGAGAGAACAAGUGAGGCUCUGCACAAGAUUCAGCAGUGCUUAGACAGAAACAAUAAGAGACAGUCUGAGAGAGAGGAAUUGAAGCAAGUGUUCAGAGCUCAUCACACUGAAAAGUUGGUCCAAGGUUUGUGUCGGCAGCUGGAGGACAGCCUUCAACGUUUAAACCACUGCAACACUCAGCAGGUGCAGGCUGACAUCCUGAAUGCACAUGAGGUGCUGCACAAUGCCAGAGGGUCCUUCAAGCUGCUCCCCUCUCUGUAUGAAGCAGAGAAGAUGUGCACCUCUGAUGGCAACAUGGUGAACUGCAUCCUGACUGACACCGCUACUGCACUGACUAAUGAGUUCAACAGAAGCAUACAGGAGUUGGCUCAGGGCCUGACAAGGAGUGCAGAGGCAGUGUGUCCAAGGGUUGUUCAGCGGUGGAGUGUGUGCGAAAGUCUUUCAGAGUGUGUGUCCAGAAAAGUCAGACAGACACACACUUUCCUGAGAAGCACUCUGCUGGAGAACACAGGGCCAGUCAUCAGCAGCAAACUGAGUGAACUGAAACACAGUCUGAGUGUGUCUCUGGCUGAGAGCAUCAUUGAACAGGUCUUACAGGAUCUGACAACGACACAAGAAAAAAUGGAUUGCCUCACCAAAGAAAACUCUUGCAUUGUUCAGAAACUCGUUAUCCCAGAGCUGCAACUGGAAAGUGACUUUCCAACCGAUGAUUACAGUCCAGCAAUUUGGAGAAACACCUUGAGGCCUGCACCUUCAAUUAAGAGUCUCCUGGAUGUAGACUGGGAGCAGCAGAUGAGGGACAGAGGAGCAGAGCAAGAAGGAGGAGGAGCAGGGGGAAGGUGUGGCCUUCCUCGGUUGCCAUCAGCAACCACCCUGUCAGUCACAAGCUCAAGCCCCUCCCUUUCCCCUUUCACUUCCCCGCCCCCAUCCCCCUCAGGAUGGAGGGGGAGGAGGCGGAGGGAGGGGGAGGUGGCAGCAGUGGAUGCUGCAGCAGCAAUAUCAGGAGCUAGAGGAGCAUCGUUCAUUCCCUCUCCCGGUCUCCCCCUCCUUUACUCCAUCUCGGCUCGAGCUCCACAGGAGGAGGCUGCCGGCCACGGAGGCUUACCCAGACGAGAGGCUCCAAGCCCAGGCCCCCUCCCCGGCUCUGGUUCCCCUGCUUCUCCCAUGGAGCCUCUACCCACCCAGGGCCAGACUCUAAGGCACUACACUGCCUCCCGACCGCGGCCGCGACGCACACACACACAGCCCCCCUCCUUCAGGCCUCAGGAGCCUGUGUCAAAGGUAGAGAAUGAGGCCAGUGAGGGGAUGGGCCGAGUGGACGAAGGAGUAGAAGAGUUCUUCACCAAGAAAAUCAUCCCUGACUAUGCACUAAAAGGCCGGUGGGAGGAGUCAUACCCUGCCCAAGCCACUCCCUCAGAGUCAAGCUCCACCCCCUCAACCUCAACCCCCUUUUCUUCUUCGUCUGACAAUAUCACCUCCUUUACCACCACUACUACUACCACCACUGUCACCUCCCCCUCUGUACCAUCUACUGACACAUCCUCUACACCCACUGAUGUACCCCCCCUCCCUUCAUCCUCCCCAACUCCCCCUGCCCCUCCCUCUGUCACCACCACCACCCCUACUCCUACCACCACCACAAACCCCCCACUUCCCACCAAAAACAUCAAGAAAAAGUUUGGCGACUUCUUUGCCUUCAAGAGAGCUCGAGCCGGCCGAGCAGCCAAGGCAGGAGGGGGAGAGGGAGGAGGAGAGGGGGUGAAGGUCAAAAGGACCUCCAUCGCAGACCUCAUCCGACCCCUCCGCGAGGCCAAAGAAAGGGAGAGAGAGAGGGAGAGAGAGAAGGGGAGAGGGGCAAGGUCAGUGGAGGAUGCUAACGUUUCUAAUGAUGCCGCCAUCACAGAAGGAACCUCUGCCAUCGGCGAGCGUCUUGCAGGCAACGUGAGGGCAACGAUGGCGCCUGCCAAGACUUUACCCGUGAUGACGCCUCCCAGUGAGACCACUCCCUCUUACCCCACCAUCACCACAAGCCCCGACCUCACCCACCUGGAAGAAGAGGCAGCUCCUGUCUCGCCAGAUCACACCCCCAGUCCUGUGGUCACUCCCCCUCUGAUGGAGCAGGAGAUGAAGUUUGGAGGGACGCCGUUUGGAGAGAGGAGACUGAAGGUGACCAAGAGAUCUCUUAGGGAGGGCAAGAGCCAGAGUCUCAUUCUGCUGACAGGACUAGAGCCUGAUGACAAGGAGGAUGCACACAAGAAGCAUGUGUCUGAGAGUACUCCCAGUUUUGAACAGAGGCUUCAGGUGAUGCUGCACAGGAUGGGUGUAGUCAAAACUCCACCUGCUGACGGCAACACAAGCCAGAAUAAAGAUGAGGAGCUGAGAAAGGCCAACUCUGAAGGUGCUAUCCUGGAAAAACCUGUACCACCUCCGACCUUCAUGAAGCCCAGAACAAUGUCUACGUCAUCAGCAGACCCAAGGCAUCCAAUAAGAGUGCUAGAGCCUAUGCGACCAGACCCUCCCCUUCACCCAAAGCCCAUCUUCCCUGAGCGCCCAGUCGGCCCCCUGCCACCCAAACCAGCUGUUGCAGCCAAGCCGCCCCUCCCUACACCAGGUGCCCCAGGAGCUCGCCCCACCUCUACUCCUCCGUCCAGCAGCUCAGCAGAGAGAGUUCAGCUUAGAUCGCUCAGUCAUGAAGGCAGGCCGGCAGAGACUACAGCACAGAAUGGAAGUCAGGAGGGUCCCAGGGGUGUAGCCCCAGCCCUGUCCCCUAGGAAAGAGCUGCUUCCUCCGGCUACGUCUCCAUGGAGGGGUCCCAGUACACAGGAUCGCUCCGAGAAAGCACAAUCAGUGACAGACGAGAGUCUUCCUAAGCCACGCCAACACUUGAAGCCCCUCCCACAGCGCAGAGCUGUGUCUGUUCACGAGGACACUCUAACUAUGACACAAGAGCUGAAGGCCGUGUUACAGAGGUCACCCAUCCGCUUCAGGGGCAACAGGGCUGAUUUGCCCACCUGCACAGAAGAUCCGUCGAGUGGAGAGGAAGCACAAAGAGCUCAGGAUGAUAAAAAAGCCAGUGACACAGGGAAACAGAAAGCAGAAGAACAGAAGAAGGCUGUCCAAAAAGAGGCAGGGACAGUAGCUGAAAACAAGCAGCACCCUCCUCCUGUAAAAGAGAGAUCGCCCGGCUUUGUGUGUCCCUCCUCCACAGCUCAGGCUCAACAUGAAGCAUCGAGUCGACUCUUUAGUCCGGCGGCAACACUCGACAAAUCUCCGUCCAUCCUAGAGAGGUCUCUGGCACAAACCCAAACCCUGGAAAAACCUCCAGUGACCCCCACAUCCCAGAAAAAAAGCCCCAGCACCUCCCCUGCAUUUACCCAAACUCUAGAAAAACUGCUGGUGUCCCCACCACCUCAAGAAAAGACCCCCAGCACAAGCCCAGCUGCAUCCGAACCCCCAGUAGAGAGUCCUCAGUCCCACAAAGAGAAGGGUCCGGGCACAGAUCUGAGAAAGAGCACGCAUGAGUGGGAGGAGACGGUCUCUAAACAGCACACAGUGAAGGCAGAGCCAGCAGACCAAAGAACUGAGCCCCCCUUGUCUGAAAAAAAAACAGACUGACUCACCUGAGGAGACACCUGGGAGAGAGAAGAGGGAGGGGGGCUGUGACAUCACUGAGAUCAGGUCUGAGAGGGGCUUGAUUGUUUGAUAGUCCUGUGGGAAACAGCUGCUCUACAGCUAACAUCUGUACUGCUUGUGUUUGGUCAAAAUAACUCAAGAAAAAGUCUAAAUAUUCAAUGUUUCAAGGUACCUGGACAAACUGUAUAACCUGUUUGAGGGCUAAGAUCUGAAAAUUAACUCUUCUGUCUUAGUUCACUUAACGUCCAGCUGUUUUAGUUUGUGUGGGACUCAAUAAUCCUCUGAUAUUCACCCCAAACAGCAGAUGUACAGACGUUAGCUGUGGCCAGCUAGCGACAAAAGCACUGACCAUGUGGGUCUGAAAUCUGUGUUCAAAACUUUAUUCAGUUAUUUUGCUGGAGACAUUUUGGGAACUACACCUACAAGAGAGGAAAACAAAUAGUGCCACAAAAUGCCAAUUACAUGCCUGUGGGUAGGUAAACAUCAGAUUCCACAUUGUCAAAGGAUUAUUUUAGCCCUCAGUGGCUACAAGAGAGGGAAGGUUUCAUUACAACUCAAUAUUGAUGCUCUGUCUCAGUUCCCUUCACCUUACCAUGUUUUCCUGAAAAAUAUACCAACAUGAUGAUUUUUCUGACUAAAUUCAGAGUUUUCGUUUUCUUCCUGCUGAUGCCUCGUUGUGUUGCCUCUAUCUACUUUAUGUUUUGUUUUGUUUUUUAAGGUUCAGUUCUACUGUUCAGAUGUCUGUUUGUGUGAACUUGAUCCCUUUUUCAUUUUCUCUGCUGGCAGUGCAUCCCAUCACACUGCAGACUUAAGGCUCUUUAUGUUAUCUGCUAGCAGAGGAAAGUGACAGGGAGGCAGGAUGAAGUCAAUGAAGGUCAUGAACUGUUUCUCCCUCUGGUGCAGGUAGAAUUUGAUGCUCCCUGUCUCUUUUGAUAAAAACCUCAGCUUAGUGGCUGUGAAAUCUUUAUAUUACACUUCUCACAAAAUAAUGACUCCAUACCAACAAGUUUUGACACAUAUCACCUUCUCAUACCUUUUAUAUUUAUGAUUUCUGAGAGGGUGUGGUUAUCAUCACUUACAGAAGACUGCCAGGUUUCAGUAGAAGUUCUCUUCAGCCACAUCCACAGAUAUCAUCAUGACUUAGUUUUAAGGAUUUAUCAACAUUAAACACAUAAGCCAAGUUGCUCUUAUUCAUUUUACAUAAAGGUUAUUUUGGUCAAAGUUUGAAGCCCUGUUGCUUAAUGUUUAAAUCUGCGUUUCAAUCAACUUCUUAUUUUUAUUUGACUUUUUUUCCGUUAUUGUGUCUGAUAUGCUUUUCUGUUCCUCAGUCUGGGGCUUAUAUCUGUCAGCGGUGUAGUUUGGGAGGUUUUUGGCAUCAUCAUGUAAAAGUUUGACAUGUCAGAAUCUUUUAUUUUGACAUAUUAAGCAUUCUCCUUCAACUUAUUAAACGUGCUAAGGUCCUGCAGUGAGUGUCACACUCUUCAACCCAUUUCCUGUUAAUAGAGAAGACAUGCUCAGAGAGAGAGCUGAGGUAACAACAUGAAAGUUCAGGGACCAGAGUUCACAGAAAUUAGAAAUUAUUAUUUUAUAUGACUUGUGACUUUGUUUUAUUGCCCUUAUGAGAUCACUGUAUAUAAUUAUUUUAUGUACAGUGAGCUUGUGCAGUCUUCAAUAUCCAUAUACAAGUAUGACUGUGCCAGAAACUCCUGUGUACUGGUGUUUUUGUAACUUAUUCUGUCUUGUUGCAGGAUGUUACAUUUCCUGUCGUCACAACUGAUAAAGAACGCCUCAUUUCCACUGCAGGAAUUUUGCCUAAGAACAUCAGGAACCUUACAUUUCCACCACAGUGACUGGGUCAAAAUGUAAUUUGUCAUCAGUUGAGUACUGAAGGGUCAAUGAAAGGAUGAACAAGUUGAGGAAUGUGACUUUAGGGACAGAAACCUGAAGUCAUGAAUGAGGAGGAGGCACAUGAGCAGUAACAGCUAAUUAGAGGCCGGGCUUUCCUUUUCACUACACUGUAUUUGUCUUGUUCUUUAAUGCUCAGGUGAGACAGAGUGUCAGGGAAGAACCUGACCGACUAUUAAUCAUAUAACUACAUACGACUUAAUACAUUUGUCCAGCUAUGCAUGUUGGAUGAUGUAACAUCACUGCAGGACCUCAGUACCAAAGCCCUGGCACUGCUAUUUCUUUGGCCUUCAAUAAUGAUGAAUUGAAGUAAAAAAACCAACAUUAACCUCUGAACAUAUUUCCUUUUGUGUUCCAGAGGUCAGACGAUAAAUCCAGAUAUUAGAGGCUGUUGUUAGAAGAUUGUUUGAUCAUUUUUUCAGCUGAAUCUAUACUCGUAAAGUCUUGGACUAUGUCUGCAGCAGACCUUUGACUUUUGAAAUUUCAAAUGUGGAUGCCAAUUUGAAAGACUAUAGAGGAAUGCUAAGAGUUAUUGACACAAAAAUGAAGAUUGUGUCUUCAUUUAUGUUUAGAGUUUUUACGCUACCUCCAAUUUUUCUUACAAAUUUUACUUCAGCAUAGAGCUGCAGAGGAUCUAAGAUCUUGUAGGUCUUUUACAAUUACAGAAAAAAACCCAAGUGUUUUACUGUUUUCUCUAAGUUCCCAGUCCCAUUGCUCCAUUCAAUGUUUGAAUUUUUUUUUGAAGUAUUUGUUUUGCCUUCUUUUCACUGAAAGCCUUUCAGUAUCUCCAGAUUUACACAUGGACACACAGAACACAAAAGCUCUGCAUGCUUCUACAUAUUUCUGUGAAAUCCUAUUCGUCUGUGACAUUCAUAUCAACCCAGGUUCAGUUACUCUAUAAGACAAUAAUAUCAGACAAUAUAUGAUCAGCUGUUGUGUGAGAGAACGUUUCAGUCUAUCAAACUCUCAGGGUGGUUGUGCAGAAUGGAGUGUGUGUUGUAAGAGCAGACCUCAGAUCAGCUCCCGUGCUGUCUGCACCCGAUCCUCCGUCUCAUCCCCGGGGGAGAAUUUAUUUUCUAGUCAUGUUUGUCUUUGCCUUGCACGCACAAAAUAUGUACAAAACUACAGAAAGCAAACAAAAACAAAGUUAUGAACAGAGUGUAAAUCCAUACCUAUACUUGUUAAUAAUUAUUAAAAAUAUGAGUUGUGUCAAAAGUUUGUGCUUUCUUGUUUUUAUUUUGGAUCUUUUGUUUGAAGUCACCUGCAUCUAUGGAGGAGCUGAUGAUGUCAUAGUUACAUUGAUUCAGACUCAGACUCAAGAUAAUAAAAAGCUUACUGCCUUG